UCAGCUUACACCAAAGUGGCUUCCGGCUUUAAUUCCAUUUAUGUGCUGCUUUAUCAAAAGCUGUCAUUAUAUCGAUAUGUUUUCUGUCAACAAACACGUGGCUGUCAGCUGAUGCGCGCGCUCACUCAACUUCCACCACAUCCCGAUUAAUUUCAAUAUCUCAGUUUACAUACUAGUACUAGCCAACCAGUUUAUCUUUUACUGCAUAAGUAUAAGUACAAGUACGAGUACGAGGCCAACUACACACCACACAUGAGUUAAAUAAUUCUGUAUACAUACUAAAUAAUAAAAGUAACAAAGUGAGUGGUCAGACGUUUUUUAAAAAUAUUAUCAAGUCAUUCCGUUUCAACGCAUGUCUACUCACGGUGUCAAAAGUCAUUAUUAUUAAUUGCUAUUAUUAUUUUUAACUAAUUUAUAUUUACUAUCAACUGUCAAACGAAUGCCGCAUGUAAGCAUUUAGAAUGGGUUCCAAUGAUUCGAGAAAACUUUCACGAUGGUAUUUUGGUGGAAUUGCAUCUUCUGGAGCUGCUUGUGUAACCCAUCCACUGGAUUUAUUGAAGGUGCAAUUGCAAACUCAGCAGGAAGGAAAGAUGUCAAUAGUUAAGCAUACGUUAAAUAUAAUUAAAAAACAGGGAGUUUUAGCUUUAUAUAGUGGCCUGAGUGCUUCUUUAUUGCGGCAGGGAACAUAUUCAACAACAAGAUUUGGAGUUUAUGAGGUUGCCAAGCAAGCGAUGGAAAAACCCGACCGACCAUUACCUUUCUAUCAAAAACUAUUGAUUGCUGGUUCGGCUGGUGCUGUUGGUGGUGUCUUUGGUACACCCGGUGAUCUUAUUAAUGUGCGGAUGCAAAACGAUAUUAAAUUGCCGCCAGAACAACGAAGAAAUUACAAACAUGCGAUAGAUGGGUUAGUAAGAGUAUGCCGGGAAGAAGGUGUUUCAAAGUUAUUUAAUGGCUGUUCAACUGCGACUGGACGUGCAAUUUUAAUGACCAUUGGACAAUUGAGUUUUUAUGAUCAAAUUAAACAGUAUCUAUUAAAUUCUGGUAAAUUUGAAGAUAAUUUAAUUACGCAUUUUGCAGCAAGUUUGUCAGCAGGAGCGAUUGCUACGACUCUUACUCAGCCUCUAGAUGUUCUUAAAACACGCGCCAUGAAUGCUAAGCCUGGGGAAUAUAAGAACAUGGGGCACUUAAUACUGUAUACCGCUAAAAUGGGACCACUCGGUUUCUUCAAGGGAUACGUUCCAGCAUUUGUGCGUCUAGCCCCGCACACUAUUCUGACCUUCGUAUUUCUCGAACAACUUCGGAUUUACUUUGGCUAUAUACCAAACAAGUCACAUUAAUAAAUCAAUUAAUUUAUUUAUUUAAAACCUAGAAUAAUUUAAUAUUAAUUUUAUGAAAAACUGAGUCUACUGAUGAGAUUUUAUUUUCUUCCGACUAUCAGACGAUAAUCGCAAGCAUUCCAUAGAGCAGUUGAUUUAAAAAAACAAUAAUCAUAAUAUACUACGAUUACUUAAAUCCUAUCAGAUAAAUGUGAUACAAAAUAUAUCAGAAUACAUUCCAUAUAAAUAUUUUUACAACGUAUAUGCUGGCAUAUUACGAUAUUUAAAAUUUUUCGAUAAAUAUUUACGCGCACAAAUUAUCGUCCAUUAUUUUUUUAAUAACAAUAAUUAUUGAUUACUAAAUUAAAAAAACGUCGAAGAAAAUAAUGAUGUCUACCAGCAUUUAAGAA